GCUGAACGGGGGCCAUGACGGAUUUGGUUAUCGCGAUGUUUUUAUCAGCUGUUGAGUCUGUUUUUAGAGUCCGCUGCAUGUACCGACAACACGUGGGGAAGGUUUUAGGAAGGCGAUCUGGAGAUACAUUUAGUCCGGAAUAAAAACUUUGACACAGUUCACACCACCGUGGCGGCAUUGAAGACGCUCAUAAUCUGUGAGUAGCUGGGUUAACGGAAUAGCAAUAGCUUUGACGUAAAACGUACAACUAAAAAUACGACUCAAGAACCAAGUGAUGUCAUGUCGUUCAAUCGUUAUGUUGUUAAAUGUCAAAGGUGUAGCUGUUAGAGUUCCAAGGAGAUGCCUCUGAGGUUCCGCUCGGUAGUUCCCUACACACUGCCUGGAGUGCUGGUGUUGAUAGGCAGUUGGUGGUACAUCUCAAGAAAGAAAGAGCGAAUCACCAGCCACGAAAGCCUUGAAAACAUCCCAGUUUCUGUGGACUCCUUAAAUUGUCCAACAGAAGGCAGAAAUGGUUUCGUUGAAGAAGGUAUGGUGUCCCCAACAGAUGAUGCAGCUCUCGUCUACCAGCAUACCAGUAAAGAUGGACCUCUUAGCAUUGGCAAUCAAAAAUCACAAGAGGGAAAUGCACAGAUCUUCAUGCCAGACGACAAUGCUACACAGGAACAGGAAGCUGCUGUGGCAGCUCUGUACCCUGGUAGUGUUGAAUUAGAUCCACUGCUCCAUUCUAGUAACAAUGAAAGCUUUGACUCCCAUGAGAAUGGCUGCAAGGACCCAGAGAAAUGUCCACUUUCGGUCUUAAAACUGGAACCAGAGGAGGUUAAUAAACCAGUCCCAGAUUUAAUGGAAGCAUCCAUCUCACCCUUCCAGUCUGUGCCAUUUGACCAAGUUGAGGUAGCCUACUCCACACUUGUACAACUUGUUAAUGCCAAGAGGCCUGAACCUGAGGGGGAAGUUGCAUUGGAAGAAGUAUCCGUGCCCUGUGUGGCACAGCCCUUAAAGGACUGCCAAAUUGGCAAUGAAAAGGAGAUGGUUACAGAAGUCCUCCAGAAUGUUACUACAUUGGAUAUAGAUUCCAAAAAGAUGAGCACACCACUGCACAUUCAUCAACACUUAACUAGCGCACCUGUUAAUUCAGCUCCUCCAAUGUAUGCACAUAUUGAAGUGUCUACUUCUCCAUGCCACCCGGAUGCUAUUGAGCUUUCAGGGCAGCAGCUUUGCAGCUCUGCCAAUAAAGAGGAGUUGGAGCUUCUGGCGGCUGGUCUCAUUAAUGAAGUGAUCUCUGCAGCCACCCAGGAGGUCUUCGGUGUUCACAGUUUUCAAGAUUCAGAGAAUGGGCAACCUGAAUCCAGUAGUAUGCUGUUGGCUGACAUUAGGCCCAUCACCGAAAAGCCCAUAAUGGUAACAAGCCCCACCGUAAUUGAAUGUGAGUUUAGGGAUUCUGCAUUCAAGGAGGAGGAAAAAGACAGGAUUAUUAAUGGAUUCACUGCCACCGUCGUGUUGGAGCCUUCUACGAUUAGUGAAAUGGUCGUAGAGAAUGCAUGGAGUGGCCUCAGGCCAAUGAUGCCACAUUUGAUCCAGCUACCAAAUCCAGUCUCAAAGGAUGCAGUUGACGGCGUUGGAAUGACAGAGGGAUCUGCUGGCAGCACAUGCCUCACAGAGGAUGGAACCAGCAAGAACAACCUCUGCACCAGCCUGCCUUGCAACAAAGUGGAUCUGUUCUGUGAUAUUGACCUGUCGAGACGAACGAUCACACUACCAAACCAAUUGUCUGAAAAAUCCCAAGAAGCAAAUAUGCUUGACUUCACAGGAGAGGCUACUCUAGAAGAAUUGUGUGAGAUAAAAAAUCUCAAUGGAAUUGGUUUAAGGAAUGGAACUAACAGGACCGUAGAAACGGAGACUGAUCAAUCUGGAGGUUCAGAUGUGAACAGUAUGGACUCUGUGGAUAGUGGCUGCACCAUGGGGGCAAUGGACAGCCAAAGCAACAAUGCUGCAGUCUCCAGCUCUGAGCAAAUAAUUUGGGAAAUUGAGGUGCCAAAGCACCUGGUGGGAAGAUUAAUAGGGAAGCAGGGAAGAUACGUGAGCUUCUUAAAGCAAAACUCUGCUGCAAAGAUCUAUAUUUCAACCUUGCCAUAUACACAAGAGUUCCAGAUCUGUCACAUAGAAGGAACACAGCAACAAGUUGAUAAAGCCCUAUCAUUAAUUGGCAAGAAGUUUAAAGACUUGGACUUGGCUAACCUGUAUGCGCCGCCACCAUCACCACUUAGUCUUCCAUCACUACCAAUGACAUCCUGGCUUCUGCUGCCAAGCGGCGUGACUGUGGAAGUGAUUGUUGUGAAUAUUGUAUCGGCAGGACAUGUCUUUGUCCAGCAACAUACCCACCCCACCUAUCACGCUCUACGCAGCCUGGACCAGCAGAUGUUCCUGUGCUACUCCCAGCCAGGCACUCCGACUCUGCCUUCUCCCGCUGAGGUUGGAGUAAUCUGUGCAGCACCAUCGGUAGAGGGGGCCUGGUGGAGGGCUCAGGUCAUCACCUUCUACAAAGAGACAGAUGAAGUGGAGAUCAGAUACGUGGACUAUGGUGGAUAUGACAGAGUCAAGAUCGACACACUCCGACAAAUAAGGUCCGAUUUUGUAACAUUACCGUUCCAAGGUGCUGAAGUAUUGCUUGACAACAUCGCUCCUCAGCCAGGAGAGGAUAGCUUUUCGACAGAGGCCAACUCUACGCUUGAGGAGUUGACUAGAGGGGUGGCCCUCCUUGCACAGGUUUCAAACUAUGACAACAACACAGGCCUGCCACUUAUCCAGCUGUGGAACAUGGUUGGAGAUGAGCUCGUUUCGAUUAACCGCACACUGGCAGAGAGAGGAUGCAGCACUUGGGUUGACAGCUUUUGAUCCUGGCUACACUCCAAGGCACCAAAUUGAUGAUACAGAAAACUUUUGGACAUGCAAAAUACUGUUUUGUGUUUAUUUUAAUUUUUUUGGGAGUGAUGUAUAUGCUACCUGAAACCAAGCACUGAUUCCGAGUAAAACACUUAUUUUUUUUCCCACUCAUCCUUCACAACUUUAAACUUCAAGAGUAAAAUGGUGCUUGUAAAAUAAAAAAAAAUCGAUAUUGUAACAAAAAUAAAAGGUAAUGUGACUGCUUUCUCUCCGUCCUAUUUAAGUCUCCCCCAAGGCCUCAGUAAUGAAUGAGCAUCAAAUGAUCAUGAUCUAUGGUUUCUAGCAAACAUGCCUUUUUCCUCACUGUAUCUUGCUUUGCAGGUUAAUGUCAUUUUAAUGCAACAUAACUCAUCAAAAAAAGAUUGGGGGUGGCACGUCAGUCUUUGAAUGUUAACGGCACACUUUGUCAAGCGUUUAUUAACUUUACAGUUCAGUUUGUUAAUGUUAAACUUGUUCAGAGUUUUUCCAUUCAAUUGUCUUCCUUCUCUUUCUAAUGAUUGCAAUCUAGGAGUGGCACAAAUGGUGACAUCACAGAUAAAAUGUGUUAAUUUCAUCCACUGCAGGAGCCAUACUAUAGAGAUUUGUGGACCUAGGAAGAAUGAGCCUCAUCUGGUCAGCUCUCAUAAAAAUGCCAGGCUUUCAAGAGCCUUUCUAUUCCCAUUUAUCUAAAUUUGCUUGAACAGUUCAUUUGAGAUUAUUUUUAACCGCAGACAAAAGAGGUGUUGAUAUGCCUAGUUUACUGAAGCCUGAUACAUUUACACAGUCCAUGCCAUAUCUUCAGUUUGCAUGUGAAAUCGAGAAGAGCUGGCAAUCCUUUUGACAUAAUAAUUUACAAUAUACAUUUCAAGUUAUGUGUACAUUCAAAGAACUAGAAAGGGAUGGCUCAUGUCAGCGUUGCGACACAAAUUUUGCAAGUUUGCGGCCUAACACAACUCCAUGUCAAAGCCAAUCCACAUUGUUAUUCAAGCAAAGGGGAGAUGGCUUUGUCUAUGUUACUACAUACCAUGAUAUACAGUAUAUAUCACACUGGGUCUCACUUUGGAUAACCGCAACAAGCCCAUAACCUUGGGCUGUUAACGUAUUAUCCAUUAGUGCGCCAGCAGCAAUUUAUUUUAUUUUGGGUUGUAAGCCCAGUCUCACAAAUUAGUCUAGGUAGUUUAAGAUACACUGUUUAUUGCAGUUUAUGGUAGAUGAGCUUAAUGGGAAUGCUAGUUAUUUUCUAAAAUAAAAGGCAUUCGUUUUUUGGAUAACACAAAAUGAGUCUCGAACAUGUCGAUCUCUGAACUAGGGAAACUGGUCAUUCAUACUGUGCCCCAAAUGUCGAUGCUUGGCAGAUGUAAUGUAACUGUUAAUCAAUUGGGACAAAGGUUUUUAAUUUCAGUGAUAUGGGGCUCUCAAUUUAUUCAAAAAAUGUCUAGACCUGUGUUGCUUUCCCCCUGACACACACUGAUGCGCUAUUACCCAAAGCCUACUGCCAAUGCAGUUCUAUCCACUGAAUUUUUUUUCAUGCGAAAUCAACCUAGAACUGUUGACAUUUAGUUUUGGUGUAAAUAAUGAAAUUUAACUAUACUUUUGUAUAAAAGCUGUAUUCUAAAGGGAACAUUUUUCUGUUUUGCCCCUGCCUUGAAGCUUCAUGUUUUUCAUUGGCAGCACUGGUUUUAAGUGUGUACUUGGUUAGACAAUGUAAUCAUUUGAUUAUUUAACUGUUUCCAGCUAUGUUGACCAGAAGCAUUUAUCAUACAUGUACAGGUCAUUUCUGCUAGGCUCAUUUGAUUCCUGGUUGUACAGAUGAAUUUAAAAAUAAAAAGUAUCAAGAUAAUGGUGUCAUUCUUGAAAAUAUGACGUUUCAGCCCUACAAAAGGUAUUGAACCUUGUUUGCCUCCGAAAGGCCCUGGACAAUCCCAAAUCCAAACUGAAAAUAUCCACAAAUUAGCAAAUGUUCA